AUGGGUGUCGGGCGGCGCAUGAAAAAGCAAGGCCCUCCGCCUCCUCUAGACGAAUCGAAAAUUUCUUCGUUAAAACGGCGAAAAGCCGACGUCCCAGAUGAUGCCGCGCCUCGAGGAAGCAAACGCCAAAAGGCCGGGAACAAUACGCAAACGAAGAAGAAUUCAGGUCGGAAAAGCAAUGGUGCUGGGAAGGUUACAAAAAACAUAAAAAAGAGCAAAGAAGCAAGCGAAGACAUGAGUUCGAAUGAAUCUCGCGCUUCGAGCUUGGAGGCGGAGUCCCGCGUCACGAGUAAACCGCUGUCAGAAGUUAUGGAUUUGGAGGACCAUGUUACAAUGUUUUCGGACGAUGAAGACCUGUCCGAUGCGGAGGAAAGCCUACAGCGCAAAUAUAGAGGGAAUUGUUCACGAAACUUGGAUAUGCAACAAAUUGGAGGAAGCUGCACGUGCAGAAGAGGAGAUGAGAGAGUCGGCUAUGCAAACCCAAUAUCCAAGGAGACCGCCCAGAUGUGUUUGGAGAUGCAGACCCAAGCCAAUCUUCCUCAGAGUCUAGCUCCUGACUCUCAAUUGCUUCGAACACGGAUAACGGAUACAAUUCGCAUUCUAGGAGACCUGGCUACUCUUGGCCAGCCGAGAAAAUCCCGUUCUGACUACACUGACCUUCUCCUCCAAGAUAUCUGCACAUAUUACAGCUAUACGCCUUAUCUAGCAGAGAAGUUGUAUUCGUUAUUUACACCGAUGGAGGCUUUUGCAUUCUUUGAGGCCAACGAAACUCCGAGACCCGUUGUGAUUCGCACCAAUACACUACGCACGAACCGUCGCUCGCUCGCGCAAGCUUUGAUCAAUCGCGGAGUCGUCCUUGAACCAGUCGGUAAAUGGUCCAAGGUUGGGUUGCAAGUAUUUGAAUCCCCGGUGCCACUUGGUGCCACGCCCGAAUACCUUGCUGGGCAUUACAUUCUCCAAGCAGCGUCUUCGUUUCUUCCCGUAAUGGCUCUUGCGCCUCAGCCACAUGAGCGCAUCUUGGAUAUGGCUGCUGCCCCAGGUGGUAAAACCACUUACAUGUCGGCACUCAUGCGGAACACGGGCUGCGUUAUGGCAAACGAUGCAAAUAAGGAGCGAGCCAAAGGUCUUAUUGGCAACAUUCAUCGUCUGGGUUGCAAAAAUACUAUUGUAACCAAUUUGGAUGCGCGGACAGCGUUCCCCAAGGCACUUGGUGGAUUCGAUCGGGUCUUGCUCGAUGCUCCCUGCUCAGGAACCGGCGUCAUUUCAAAAGAUCCCAGCGUCAAAACAUCCAAAACCGAGCGAGAUUUCAUGGCUAUCCCCCACACCCAAAAGCAGUUGCUCCUUGCUGCCAUCGAUUCAACCAACCAUGCGUCAAAAACAGGUGGAUACAUUGUGUACUCAACUUGUAGUGUGGCUGUGGAAGAAAACGAAGCCGUCGUGCAAUACGUGCUGCGCAAGAGACCAAACGUUAGAAUCGUCGAUACUGGACUGGGUACUUUCGGUAGCGAGGGUUUCAAAAGUUACAAGGGCAAACAGUUCGACCCCAAGAUGGCGUUGACUAGACGAUACUUCCCACACCGCGAGAACGUUGACGGCUUCUACGUGUGCAAACUUAAGAAAUUUGGUCCUUCUCCUGCGGAAACAACGGCUGUUUCUGCAAACAAGGUUGUGGACGGGGAAAGUGCGGAGAACGAGGAAUGGGAUAAGACGCCUAUAGUUGAAGAGAACGGCGCUAAAGCCACAGAUGACGACUUUGGACCAUUCGAUGAAGAGGAAGAUACGUCGUAUAUCGCAAGGGCGGAGCGAAACAAAGUGCGCCGGAAGGGUUUGGAUCCUAGAGCGGUCCUAAAUGGCAAGGAGGGAGAGAAGGAGAAACGGCAAAACAAAGACAAGGACCAAGGGAAACAGACGAAGAAUGCGGGUGAGAAGGAAAAGAAGAAGAGUAGGAAAAAGUCCGCAGGGCACUCAAAGAAGAAUGACAACUAUGCCGUCGACAUGGAGAAGCUAGACGCCGAAUCGGACCGGUUCAAGGCUCCGCCGCAGCCUCAACGACACCCAUCGCACUCACCAUCAAUAUUGAGUGGCCCAGCGGUGCCUAUUCUCAGCUACUGUGCUUCUUCCAUUCUAAUGACCGUAACAAAUAAAUAUGUUCUUUCAGGCGUCGAGUUCAAUCUUAACUUCUUUCUUCUAUGUGUUCAGACUUGCAAAUCGAUGGGGUUAAUCAAUUUUCGUGAUUUCAAUUCGGAUGAGGCUAAAAAAUGGUUUCCAAUUUCGCUUCUCCUCAUUGGCAUGAUUUAUACCGGUGCCAAAGCUCUCAAAUUCCUGUCGAUUCCGGUUUACACCAUCUUCAAAAACCUUACCACCAUUCUCAUCGCCUACGGUGAGGUUUUGUGGUUUGGGGGUUCGGUCACUGGGAUGGCUCUUUUCUCCUUCGGCCUAAUGGUAAUGAGCUCUGUCAUCGCAGCCUGGGCAGACAUCAAGCAUGCUCUCGACAGCAGCUCCCUCUCUGGACUUGAAACUACAAGCAAAAUCUCGACCCUGAACUCGGGAUACCUUUGGAUGUUGAUGAAUUGCCUUUGUACUUCCAUGUAUCUCUUAGGCAUGAGAAAGCGGAUCAAGUUGACGAAUUUCAAGGAUUUCGACACCAUGUUCUACAAUAACCUCUUGUCUAUCCCGAUUCUGCUUAUUGGAUCUUUCAUUGUCGAGGACUGGUCCUCCACCAAUAUCAGCAAAAAUUUCCCCAUUGAAACCCGCAAUUCCUUGAUCUUUGCAAUGAUUUUCUCCGGUCUCUCGUCCGUCUUCAUUUCCUACACAUCGGCAUGGUGUGUCCGGGUCACCUCCUCUACAACUUACUCCAUGGUGGGAGCACUCAACAAACUUCCUGUCGCUCUCUCGGGCCUCGUUUUCUUCGGUGAUCCAGUCACCAUUCCUGGCGUCUCAGCCAUCGUGGUUGGUUUCGUUAGUGGACUGGUUUAUUCGCUCGCCAAGGUCAAGCAAAAUGCGAAACCAAGGACUGGCAUCCUCCCGACCGCGAACCCAGUGAGUGCCAGUACGCAAAGUAUGAGAGACGGCCUUAAAUCAUGA